GGAACAGGGAACGGCACAGCUGUUCAAUAAACUACUUAAUUGCUAGUUUGCUUCACUGACAGAUGUCAUACUUCAUAUUUCUAAAUAAACCACGAGUUGUUUUGAUAAGUAUCUAAUUCAUUUUACAACUGAAAGCCUGAAGCUAUAUUAUACAAAGUUGAAUUACCUUCGAAAAUGUCUUCGAAAGCUUUGACUUUUCAUGUAAAAGCAGAGUGCAAUGUAUCUAAAGCACGCGUGGGUUUAAUGAAAUUACCGCAUUACGAAGUGAAGACUCCUGUUUUCAUGCCUGUUGGAACUCAGGGGACUAUGAAAGGGCUAUUACCUGAUCAACUUGAGAGUCUAGAUUGCGAAAUUAUCUUAGGAAACACGUAUCACUUAGGAAACCGGCCAGGCACAGAUGUUCUAACAAAAGCUGGAGGUCUUCACAAAUUUAUGGGAUGGAACCGAGCACUUCUUACUGACUCAGGGGGUUUCCAAAUGGUGUCACUUCUUAAAUUGGCAGAGAUAACUGAAGAGGGUGUCAAAUUUAAGUCCCCAUACGACAAUUCUGAGAUUAUGUUAACACCAGAAAAGUCCAUUGAAAUUCAAAAUUGUAUAGGAGCUGAUAUAAUCAUGCAGCUUGAUGAUGUUGUUCAAACAACAUUCCAAGACUAUGACCGCAUUAAGGAGGCUACUGAAAGAACUAGUCGCUGGCUGGACAGAUGCUUGAAAGCUCAUAAGAGGCCCACUGAGCAAAACAUAUUUCCUAUAGUACAGGGGCUGUUAAAUAAAGAACUUAGAACACAAAGUGCAAAAGACCAUAUGAGUAAGGAUGUAAAUGGUUUUGCUAUUGGGGGCUUAAGUGGUGGUGAAUCAAAAGAUGAUUUCUGGCCCAUGGUCAGUCUCAGUACUGGAAUACUGGAUAAGAACAAGCCAAGAUAUCUUAUGGGAGUUGGUGUUGCCAUUGAUCUUGUCAUAUGUGUGGCUCUUGGAGUAGAUAUGUUUGACUGUGUGUUUCCAACUCGAACUGCUAGAUUUGGCUGUGCUCUUGUGUCAAAAGGCCAGUUAAAUUUGAAGCAAAAGCAAUAUGAAGCCGAUUUGAAUCCAAUUGAUAAGGACUGUGUGUGUUCCACAUGCAAAAACUAUACCAGAGCUUAUUUACAUGGCAUAGUGACCGUUGAAACUGUUGCAUGCCAUUUACUUUCAGUGCAUAAUAUUGCCUAUCAGAUGGGUCUUAUGAAGUCAAUGAGAAGCCAUAUUGAAAAUGGCACAUUCCCAGAGUUUGUUAAAAACUUUGUUAGUGAGUAUUAUCCUGAUGGCAAUUAUCCAUCAUGGGUUGUUAAUUCUUUAAGUACUGUUGGAAUAAACAUACUUCAAAAAUAAA